AUGGAGGAGUCGCGCGGCAAAUUGAUUGACGUGCAUGGGCGGAAGACCCUGGUCGUUGAAAGCAUUUGGGAUCAAGAGUUGCAGAAUCAAAUUACCGAACAGGCCACUGUUGUAUUCGAGGAGAAUAACGCCAAGAAGCUUUCUUUGGAAUCUGAAGCAGCCAAGAGAUUCAAAUCGUCACUCGAAACGAACAAAGCUGCGAACAAACACGUCGAGGAGUUACAUAAAACAAUUGUUGCUCUAAAUGAACAAGCCACGCUAAUUGCGAAGAAAGGCAAAGAGACUGAGAAAUCGUUCAACAAUUUGGAAGAAAAACUUAGGAAUGGGACCUCAAAAGUUAACGCCGGCUUUCUUGAAGUUCAAAAGAUAAGAGAAAUUGUAAUGCAAGCUCAAGAGCCAAUUCGAUUUGAAGGACAACGAGAAAUUUCUGAGUUGGAAGCACAUAUUGCUAAAGUUCGUGAGUGCAUCGCCGUGAUGGCAAAAGUAGAUAUUCAACAAUUCCAAACGGAGCUAGCUGAACAAAGCCGCCGGGAUAACGAAGUCACGUUGUUGUGCACGCAUAAAAAGAAUGAAAUUCAAAUGUUCUACUCACGAAAAGCUCACGCAAACAAUUCUUUGGAGGAAGUUCUUGGUGCUUUGGGCGGUUUGGAGAAGUUGCUUUCAGAGCAUGAAAGAUCAAAUGGUACAAAAAGUGAACAAAUUGCCGAGCUUCAACACCGGAAGAAAGAUCUUGGGACAGCACAUGGAGAAGUUACAACGGAAGAAAAUGUUUUUACCGACUUUGAAGAUCUUAUUGCUAAGCCAACCUUUCUUCAUGCUGAGAUUUCCAAAGAAACGGCCACGCUGGACGAAAGUGUUUUUGAGAUUGAACGUGUUAAAGAAGAUAAUCAGAAAACGGGCGAGCUGAUUGAGAGGACAAGAUUGAAAUCGAAGGAACACUGGGAGAGCAUGAUGCAAGCCUUUGAUGAGUUGCUCAAGAAAAUCGAGAAUGACGCUCUUGCCAUACAGGCGAAUUGGGAUGCUGGUCAAUUAUUGUAUGACAAGGAACGGUGCAAAAGUCAACUGUUAAUUCGUCUACAAGAUGUUGAAAAAAAUCAGCACCAACACCAACUUACAAAUCAAGAUUUGGAUGGUGACAUUGAUCAAGACAGAAGCACUUUAGUUGAAUGUCAGCGCGAAAUUCAAACACUAGCCACUGAUGCCUACAGAAACCUGCCAGAGUCGGAGAAGAUCCGUUAUGACUUGAAAGCGAUUGAGAGCCAAACUGAGAAGAUUGGACACGAGAUUUCGGCAUUCAAUGAACAAAUUCGCGCUAUUGAAGAGCAGCGCUUGUCGAUUGAAAAAAACAUUGAAAGGAAACAAAAUGAGUGUGCUUCAAAGAUUGAUGAUAAAGAAAAGGAAUUAGCUGCUUUGAUUGCUGCAAACAACAAAAAGAAGCAAAAGAUUAUCAUGGAAUCUGAAAAACACCAAGUAUCUAUUCAAACAGCCGAGAAAGAUGUUCAAUCAAAGCUUGUAGAAGACGAUCGAAAGGUGCCGGGUGGCAAAAGUUUGGCUGCACGGCUCGAAAAGGCGAACGCUUUCAUGAAAAAGGGCGAGAAAAUUGUAAAAAUUAAUGAAGAGCCAGCAAUCAUGUUAAGCAAGCCGAACAACGAACAAAUGCCGGAACAAUUGGCGUCUCAAAAAAGGAACUAUGCCUUCGACAGCAGUGAUGAUUCAGAUGCGACUAUCGAAACGGAAGCGGGCGAAAUGUUUGAUCUUUCUUUCAAUGAACCAGCACGUUCCAAAAAAGUUGCCAUAGGUGAUAUCGCUCCGGAGAUAGCUCGCGAAUCGUUGUUCAACAAAGUCGAGCAAACUGGAUUGACAAAAAGGACCUCAAAACCCAAACCCCAAGCAAAAAGGAAGCGCUAUGAUUCGGAUUCAACAAUGAUGACCGACGAUGAAAGUUUUCAAAAUUCAUUUUUUGGAUCAAAUGUUACGCGCCCCUCUUCAAUCUAUCCGAAGGCCAUCAACAAAGUUACCUCAUCACCACGCCCAGAGCGUAUGAGGAAACCGGUUACUUACGCUUUUCACAGUGAUAACUCUAUGUCAACUACUAUGAACGAUGAUCCUGAAAUUUUCCUUAACUUCGACAAAGCUGUGACUAGUACCCCGAAGGCGAUCAAGAGAAACUCAACUCUCAAAGGUGGAAACCGAGCGACUCGUGCCAGUGCUGUUAACAAACGAGGUCGAGCUGUAACACGAGGCCGAGGCCGUGGCAAA